AUGGCGCACCAUUACAACGUAGAGGGAUACGGCUUCCCGGCCCUGCAACAACUAGGAAAAGUUGUAAAAUUACCUGUUUUAGACAACUAUGAAUACGAAGACCCUGAACUUGACGCGAAACGGAAACUCAGCCGGGCCUUGAUAAAGCAACAACAAGACCAAGAGGAGCAGAUUAAUAGAGAGAAGGCGCUUCGUGAGAGUAUUAUUGAACUCAAAGGCUCAGCAGCUCUCGUGCGUGCAGGCUUAGGCAGUUACCGGGCUCUAAAGCGGAGUGUUGAAGACCUUCAAACGGAAAAUGCAGAUUUGCAUGCGCAAGUAGCUGCUCAGCGCACUGUUGACCUGGCCGACCUGGAGAAGCAGCUCGCGUUAGUGGCGAGCUUGAAGAACGAUGCCGAAGCGGAUGUCGCAGACAAACAACACCAAAUUUCAACACUACAGGGGGAAUGCGACUCGUUACGGACCCAAAAAGCGCAACUCGAAGCACAAAUUGCGACGCUCACCCAAAAUGCGGUUGACAUAGCAGCCCAGCCCAGCAGUGGCGAGGCUACACUGGCAGCAGAGAAGGUUCUCCUGGAAACCGAAGAACACACUCACAUUUUGGAGUACAUCAAAGACAGAUCAGCGUGGCAAAGCGAGAAAAAGGAGUUAGAGAGUCGUCUUGCCAAUGCAGCCCACGAACAUGAGCGCGAACGAUCCGCAUGGGAAGAGGUCAAAGAACGCUUGGAUCAAGCGCAGUCCGAAGAGCGCACGCAGCACUCACACGAUAGGUUGCGCUGGCAAGCGGAGAAGGCACAACUAGAGCACCAAGCUACGGUAAUAACAGAUAAAGAGGAGGAGAUUGCCGACCUCCGUUCAGAGCUCGAAGACUACGAGGCUGUGAAUCAACACUCCGAACUUUGUGCUACAGGGAGCGAGUGGUCUCGGCGCAGAGCUAUCACUUUUGCGAAUUCGCAAUUGAACCUUGAGCCAGCCGAUCACGAGGAUCCACGAUCUGACGACGAUAUAAAUCAAGUAACGGGUAAAAGUAUCGAAGAUACGAUUAUCCACAACACGGCGAAUCGGUUAGAGUUGAUGGCUGCCACCAUACACGCCCGGUCAGAUCAAGACGAUGCAUCGAAGCGAGAGCAACUACUCCUGACGAGAGAGAGAAACCAGCUCAGCGAAAAUCUUGCCGAUAGCAAUGCUGAAAGAGAUAGUCUGAAAGAGACACUCGCAGAGGUGCUCGACGUGCUAGAGACAACUCUCGCAGACGCUCUGAGCAAGAUCGCCGAACACGAGAGCACAAUAUCUCGCAUGAAAUCCGACUUUGCCGAAUUUGCAUCCAGUGCGCUAGCCGCCAUGGAGAAGGAUCUUGAGCAGGAUACGGCUACUUGGAACAAAAUUGUACACGAAGCUGCAGACAAAUUGGAGCUCGCAUCCGAGGCCAUUGCCAAAAGGGAAAAGGACGUAAAGGAAAUGAAGGACUUCAUCAGGGAAAAUCUGCCUAAGCUGCAGGCAAGGCGCUUCUCUUGA